AUGCUCUCAGAGCACUUCAUCGCGUCGACGUCGACGUCGGCCAAGACCCCGGCCUCUGCGAGCCUCAGAGAUGUGGGAAUCUGCGUGCAUGAGCUGCAGCCCGCACCGGCCCUUCGUUCCACCUUCAAGAAAAGCGUUACGGCGCCCAAUUGUUUGGCCGUGAGUCCGUCGCAUGUGUUCGCCGCUCAGUCGGAGAAAGCUACGGUCCAUGUGUAUAGCAGGAAUAAGGGGAACCAGGAAGCGACCAUCCCGUUCCCUGAGCGCAUCCGCAGCAUUGCGAUUGCAGGAGGGAAGAAUGGAGAUGUGCUGGUUUUGGGGACGGAGGGCGGUCGUCUAAUAUUGUGGGAGACCUGCACGGGUCGACAGGUUGCGACGACCGCAUCGCAUUUGAGCCCGGUGACGGCUCUCGUGGUUGAUCCCACCUCCAACUUCAUCUUGUCCGGCUCUUCGGACGCAAGCAUUCAUGUCUGGUCCUUGGUCGACCUCCUCUCCUUCACAAAACCUCCAUCCGGUCGCGAUCGUCAACCCCCCAACUCGCCCAUCCGUACGUUCUCGAACCAUCGCGCGGGCAUCAGUGCUCUUGCAAUGGGUCACAGCACGGGUCGGUACAAUAUCGCUGUUUCAGCGUCGCAGGACAAUACGGCCAUUGCUUGGGAUUAUCAUAACGGACGUGUGCUGCGGACUUUCCUCUUGCCGGCCAGUGCGGUCAGCCUAACUCUGGAUCCGGUGGACCGGGCAUUCUACGCGGGCUACGAGGAUGGUAGCAUCCAGUCAGUGGAUUUCUAUAAGAGUCAGUCCGUGCAGCACCCGCUUCACGAUCCGUCUUUACAGUCGACUCCCGCGCAACCAUCCGCUGGAGAUCGGUGGGCCCCGCCUUCGCCCGAGUGUGGCCCGGCCCAUGCACUGUCGCUCUCGCACGACGGGGCCGUGCUACUCUCCGGCCAUAAAAACGGCAAAGUCCUUUCAUGGAGCGUGGGGCGAAGAAAGUAUGCCUCGUCGGUGGCAGACUUCACCCACCCCGUUACGAACCUGUUCGUGCUGCCCCCGAUUGGACUUUCUCUGCCCGCUCUCGACUUGAAGCGGGUGGCGCAUACGAUCGUCAAACCGCGAUAUGACAGCACGCUCUCCGAGAACUCGCACACUGCUGGUACCGUCCCCGCCGAAUACACAUUUAACACCCAUCUCCUGCCCUCGAUAUCCUCUCCCCCCGCCGCCACCAAGGCCCCGCACGCCACGCGGACCGACCACUUUGCCGAAUCAUUCACCCAAGCACUUUUCCCCGACUCUCUGCUAGACGAAGGUCUGGCCGAGCUAGCCGCAUUGAACCAGCCUGGAAUUAACGGGGCGCCGGCUCCGUCGUCCGCAUCGGUAGACACGUCGGCUCAAGACACACAGAUUGCCCUCCUCGAAGGCCAACUGUCAGCACUCCGCACGAAGGUUUCGGUCAGUGACACCGCACGACAGGCGUCCACCGACGAACUCACGAAACUGCGAUCGGAUCUGGCCGGCCUCCACGAUUACAUCGACACGCUCCACCAGAAACAGGAGCAAGCGCAGAAGGAGAAGGUGAGCCGCCUCGCUCGCAAGGAGGAGCGGGAGAAUCGUCGACGUAAGGCCUGGUUUGCGGCGGAGAAGAAGGGCAAGAAGGGGGACACGGCCAUGAGACAGAUGGAGGCCGAAGAGAUGGUCUUGACGAGUGACAGUGAUGACCAGAGUAGCGAUGAGUAAUCGCUGCACCAUCCCUGGUCGCUCGCGCUUAUAUAUUGAAUAUGUCUAUUGUCUAGAGUUGCAGGAAUGGCGUACGGUACAAAAGUUCGAUCUGAUUCGGGUUAUAUCCCGAUUUUGGCUGUUGAUCCUGGAUAGAGUUGUUACCAUCUAUGUACUGUACUGUAAAUAGGGAAUUUC